CCCCGGCAGACUCGCCAUGGGGGAAGUAGUCCAGAUGCACUUCACCACGGUGGACUACGUCAUCUUUGCCUUGCUGCUGGUGGCCUCGGCCGGCAUCGGCCUCUUUUACGCCUUCUCCGGCGGACGCCAGCGCACGACACAGGAGUUCCUGAUGGCCGACCGCUCCAUGAGCUGCCUGCCCGUCUCUUUGUCUCUGCUCGCCACCUUCCAGUCGGCCGUGGCAAUUCUGGGCGCGCCGUCCGAAGUCUACACCUUUGGGACUCAGUACUGGUUCUUGGGCUGCUCCUACUUCUUGGGUCUACUCAUCCCGGCACACGUUUUUAUACCGGUCUUCUACCGACUGCGGCUCUCCAGCGCCUAUGAAUAUCUGGAGCUGCGCUUUAACAAGACAGUCCGCAUAUGUGGCACUAUGACCUUCAUCUUCCAGAUGGUCAUUUAUAUGGGGGUGGUCCUUUAUGCUCCUGCUUUGGCCCUUAAUGCAGUCACUGGUUUUGACCUGUGGGGAGCAGUGCUUGCCAUGGGACUGGUGUGCACCCUCUACACCGCUCUGGGCGGCCUGAAGGCGGUGAUGUGGACCGACGUGUUCCAGACCGUGGUCAUGUUUGCCGGACAGCUGUCAGUCAUCAUUGUGGGGGCACACCAGGCCGGGGGCAUCGCCGAGGUCUGGAGGAAAGCGGUGAACGGGAGCCGCAUCGCUGGACUGGACCUAAAUCCCGAUCCUUUGGAGCGCCACACCUUCUGGACGCUGGGCGUGGGUGGAAUCUUCCUGAUGCUGGCUCUGUACGGGGUCAACCAGGCCCAAGUCCAGCGAUAUCUCAGUUCCCGCACGGAGAAAGAGGCUGUCAUGUCCUGCUAUGUUGUUUUCCCGUGUCAGCAGAUAGUUCUAUGUUUAGGGUGUCUGAUGGGACUGGUCAUGUUUGCUCGCUAUGGAGAAGACAGCCCUCUAGAUAAGGGCUACGUCAAAACCAAUGAUCAGAUGGUGUUGUACUUUGUGAUGGAUGUGUUCAAGGAUCUUCCCGGCCUCCCUGGCCUGUUUGUGGCCUGUCUCUUCAGUGGAGCCCUCAGCACCAUCUCAUCAGCCUUCAACUCCCUGGCAACAGUAACUAUGGAGGACCUCAUUAAGCCACAUUUCCCAAACAUGACUGAGUCCAAAGCCACGUUUCUGUCCAAAGGACUUGCUCUGGCUUAUGGUCUGGUAUGUCUGGCCAUGGCCUACCUGGCCUCCCUGAUGGGCUCUGUGUUGCAGGCCGCCUUGAGCAUCUUUGGGAUGGUGGGUGGUCCCCUGCUGGGUGUCUUCUGUCUGGGAAUGUUCUUCCCCUGGGCCAACUCCAUUGGGGCGCUGGUUGGACUAGCAGCAGGCCUCACCAUGGCUUUCUGGGUCGGCAUCGGCAGUUUUCUAAUGCGCGUGCCGAGCUCGGUCCCGCCGCUCGGCACCGUGGCUCCGCCCCCUUUUGAGAACAUGACUACUGCGGUCUUGACCUCGCUGGUCAAUGCGACCACCCCCAGACCCAGGCGGACAGGUGUAGAAGCUCUUUACUCCUUGUCCUACAUGUGGUAUAGUGCUCACAACUCCACCGUUGUGGUGGUGGUGGGACUCAUUGUCAGCCUGCUCACAGGACCGAUGAAGGAGAAGCAGCUCACCCCAGGAACCGUCUAUCCGGUUUUGGGGAAUCUGCUUUUUUUCCUGUCUAAGCGAUACAAAGAGAAGCUGUGCUGCGUCACCCCGCUGGCACAAAAGCCCAAAGAAGUCAACGCACCUUACGAGCGGGACAAGACGGGUGAGAAUGGCGCUGCGUACUGCAAAGAGGACACGGUCACAGAGGACAAAGAAAUGGAGAGUGACAGCGCCCAGGACGAGGAGAGCAGAGCGAGUCGGCCCUUGUGUCAGCUGACUGCUCACAGCGUGGAGGAGACGGCCCUCUAGUCCUCUCCGUUGGCACCUAGACCAUGGGCAACCUGGAAAGCCGUCCAAUUAGAGCUCCGUUUGCUCAGACGUCCGCAACUAAACCUGAUUUGGGAGAAUUCCACGCCAGUGAGUAAAGGCGGGGUACUGCAAUAACUGUCGGGUAAAGUUGUGGUACUUUUGAAAAGAUCUAUUUUUAAUCUCCAAAGACAAGAGCAUAAAGUAGCACUUCGCACAGACCUUCCUGAUCUGUCCUCGGUCUAAAGAGCACAAGUGCGUAGCUCUUCUCUCACGUCAAGUUCGGUACAAAAUGUCUCUUAUGGGUUAUUUUUCUAGUGACGAUUGACCUACAGUACAGUCCCAAAGUUUGGACUCACAUUCUCCUCAUUCAAUGCCUGUUCUUUUUUUUUUCAUGACUAUUUACAAAAGCCAAAAGCAGUGAAGUUGUCACGUUGUGUAAAUGCUAAAUAAAAAGAGAAUACAACAAAUCCUUUUCAACUUAAUAUUCAAAUAUCUUGUCUUUGCAGUCUAUUCAAUUGAAUAUAAGUUGAAAAGGAUUUGUUGUAUUCUCUUUUUAUUUACCAUGAAAACUAUCGACUUAGCUAUAAACAAUUAAAUAAUCAUUGAGCCAUUUAGUGUGCUAUGCACUCACCCUUAUCAUGAAAACGAUCGAUUUAGCUAUUCAACAAGGAAAUAACAAUCAUUGAGCCAUUUAGUGUGCUAUGCACUCACCCUCAUCAUGAAAACGAUCAAUUUAGCUAUUUAACAAGGGAAUAACAAUCAUUGAGCCAUUUAGCACAUUAUGCACUCACCCUCAUCUCAUGAAAAUGAUCGUCUUAGCUACAGUAUUUAACCAGGAAAUAACAACCAUUGAGCCAUUUAGCGCAUUAUGCACUCACCCUCAUCUCACAAAAAAUUAUCGACUUAGCUACAGUAUUUAACCAGGAAAUAACAACCAUUGAGCCAUUUAGCGCGCUAUGCACUCACCCUCACCAUGAAAACGGUUUUGGGUGGAAGUGAAAACCAUUUCAGGUGACUACCUCUUGAAGCUCAUGGAGAGAAUGCCAAGAGUGUGCAAAGCAGUAAUCCGAGCAAAGGGUGGCUAUUUUGAAGAAACUAGAAUAUAAAACAUGUUUUCAGUUAUUUUUUUGUUAAGUAAAUAACUCCACAUUCAUAGUUUUGAUGUGACAAUCUACAAUGUAAAUAGUCAUGGAAAUAAAGUAAACACAUUGAAUGAGGAGAAGGUGUGGCCAAACUUUCUGUAUGUGCAAGAAAAUCUUCUAUAAAAUCGCGAAAAAGGAAGAGAAGGAAGUGAUUGAAAGUCUCUGCUGUGACUUUGGUUUAAUGUCAGUGAUGUGGAGUUGCUCAUGUUAAUGUGCUGGUUGUCGCCUCACUGUUGUCGCUCUCGAAAAGUGUCCUCACCAUUUUCUUUCAAUUGGUAGUAAUUGUGAGACAGACAUCCUUUGGUUCAAUUAAAAACAUUUCUUCUAUUAAAAUAGAAACAAAAAUACGUACCAGGUUCUGAUAAAAAUGCAAUUUUUGACCGCGUUCCAAAUAAAUACUCAAAACGAGCAAAACUUCUACAGAGAAUUGAAAAACAAACAUGCGAAAAUAAGAAAACAUAUUUUUGUUUUGAAGAUUCCCAAUCCUUUGGCCUGUCAAUCAUCCCAAAUAACUAUUGUAUGUCUGCAGGUCCUUAAAAAGCUUUAAAAGUCAAUACAUUGAUUUUGCCAAAUUGAAGGCAUUAAAAAGUAUUAAAAAUGUCAUACAACAGCCAACAAAAAGACAACAAAACAAACCAACUGACCCAGUUUUUCCAAUUGCGGGAAAACUACACAUGUUGAGUUUUUUAUCAGAGUGCAGUUUUUGCCAACAAAUAUUGAGUCAACCGUCUUAAUUACCAUAAUUUUAAAAAUACUGUCAUGAAAAUACUGCGUUUGAAAUGGUUACUUGCAUUAUAUGUUGUUAUAUUAGUGCUUAAUUUGGUCACAUGUCAACGUUAUUCACAUGUGAAUAACAUAAAUACAGUCUAUUAUACAGCAUUAUUCACAUGUGAAUAACAUAAAUACAGUCUAUUAUACAGCAUUAUUCACAUGUGAAUAACAUAAAUACAGUCUAUUAUACAGCAUUAUUCACAUGUGAAUAACAUAAAUACAGUCUAUUAUACAGCAUUAUUCACAUGUGAAUAAUAUAAAUACAGUCUAUUAUACAGCAUUAUUCACAUGUGAAUGAUAUAAAUACAGUCUAUUAUACAGCAUUAUUCACAUGUGAAUAAUAUAAAUACAGUCUAUUAUACAGCAUUAUUCACAUGUGAAUAAUAUUAAUACAGUCUAUUAUACAGCAUUAUUCACAUGUGAAUAACAUAGUCUAUUAUACAGCAUUAUUCACAUGUGAAUAAUAUAAAUACAGUCUAUUAUACAGCAUUAUUCACAUGUGAAUAAUAUAAAUAGUCUAUUAUACAGCAUUAUUCAC